GUCCACAUCUGUUGGUCCCGGGCUUUUCUCCCCGAGUGCCUGAGCUCUCCCCCAGCUCCGACCCUUCCCUGCAGGGAGGUCUAGGCCGGGGCGCGGGAGGGUCCAGCUAGACCACAGAGAUCGGAGCUGCAGGCCGCAGCCCUCAUUUCCUCUCUCGGCCCCUCCCCGAAACCCUCACGUGCCUUUCCGGUGUCGGGCUUGGCACUGGCACCAUGACUCCUGUGAGGACCCAGCACUUGUUGGCAGGUCAGACCUACACAGUGCCCCUCAUCCAGCCAGACCUUCGGCGAGAGGAGGCCAUCCAGCAGAUAGCAGAUGCCCUGCAGUACCUACAGAAGGUCUCCGGAGACAUCUUUAGCAGGAUCUCCCAGCGAGUAGAGCUGAGCCGGAGCCAGCUGCAGACCAUUAGGGAGAGGGUCUCCUUGGCCCAGGCCAAGAUUGAGAAGAUCAAGGGCAGCAAGAAGGCCAUCAAGGUGUUCUCCAGUGCCAAGUACCCAGCUCCCGAGCACCUGCAGGAGUACAGUUCCAUCUUCAUGGGUGCCCAGGACUUUGGCCUGCAGAGACGCCCCCGCCACAGAAUCCAGAGCAAGCACCGCCCCCUGGAUGAGCGGGCCCUGCAGGAGAAGCUGAAAUACUUCCCUGUGUGUGUGAACACCAAGGUGGAACCUGAGGAUGAGGCCGAGGAAGGGCUUGGGGGUCUUCCCAGCAACAUCAACUCUGUCAGCUCCUUGCUGCUCUUCAAUACCACCGAGAACCUGUACAAAAAGUAUGUCUUCCUGGACCCCCUGGCUGGUGCUAUAACAAAGACCCAUGUGAUGCUGGGUGCAGAGACAGAGGAGAAGCUAUUCGAUGCCCCUUUGUCCAUCAGCAAAAGAGAGCAGCUGGAGCAACAGUUACCGGAGAACUACUUUUGCGUGCCUGACCUGGGCCAAGUGCGUGAGAAUGAGGGGCCCUGCCAGCUUCCUGACCUGCCAGGCAUCGCUGAUGUCCUCAGGUGCAGAGCAGCUCUGGGCCCUGGCAUUGCCCCCUCUGCCCCAGGCACCAUUCCAGAGCUGCCUGCCUCCCCACAGAGGUGGCUGAGCCUUUCAGACCUAGAAGAUGGGGUGCUAACAGCACCCCCACCACCACCACCGCCGCCGCCACCUCCCCCGGCUCCAGCAGUGCUGGUCAGUGCUCCCUCACCCCCACCACAGACCUUGGCCUCUCCAGGUCACGAUGCCCAGGAGGUUGACAGCAGCUCUUCUCCUCCAGUCCAGGGAGCUCCCAAGGAAGUGGCGGACCUCUCCAGUGGCCAGGCCCCUCUGUUGCAGUCCAUCCACCAGGCUGGGGGCACCUGCAAGGCCAAGCUCUGCAGCGUCAGGGAGGGCAAGGCGGAUAAGAAGAAAGAGAAGGAGCAGGAGUAAGUGAGGGCCACAGGCCACGGUGGGGCCUGACGUCACAUCUCUCCAACAAGCUGGUCCUGAGGCGCAGAGGCGUCUCUGGGAAAGGACCUGGGACCUGGGCCAGUGAAGGGCAAGGAGGAGACUUCACUCGAAUGUCAGACUCCAUGCCACCUCUGCCUCCCCCACAGUAGCCACCUGGAGAGGGAGAUGAAGGUGACUGGGAAUCCUAGGGGCUCAGUGGCCCCUUCUCCCCAAACCCAGGCUGAGCCUCUUGCCCUCACACGGGAGCAGCUGGGAUGGGCUCCUUGGCCUGCAGGUGCCUCAGCCCCUGCUGCCCUUGGCGGGAUGGGGAUCUUGGAGGGCCACCAGGGCUGUGGCUGGGUCCUCUUCAAGAAGCAGGGAGGCUGGCUCCUGAGGGGUCAGGGAGGGGGCCCUGGUUCCAUGCCUGUGCUCUACCCACCUCCUUCUUCACUGGUGUGCUCUGCUCCUCCCUGACACUUUCACAUACAGCAGUGCACAAAUCAAGAAAGAAACAGAAAGCAGAAAGGCAUCAACUGACA